GCGGAGCGGGAGGGGAUGUUCCCCUACAAGGAGCUCUUCCUCAUAUGGCUCGUCACCCUCUGCUCCACCUUGCCGAUACAGAUGCUGUUUCCCUUCUUGUAUUUUAUGAUAAGGGACCUACAUAUUGCUAGAGAUGAAAAGGAUAUUGGAUUUUAUGCUGGUUUUGUUGGUGCUUCAUUUAUGGCUGGUCGAGCACUCACCGCUGUAAUAUGGGGAAUGGUGGCUGAUAAGCAUGGGCGAAAACAAGUUAUUGUAAUCACACUUGCUGCAAUAGUUAUAUUCAAUACUCUUUUUGGACUAAGCUCAACGUAUUGGAUGGCAAUAUUCACAAGAGCUCUGCUUGGGUUAUUGUCUGGGAUGCUCGGACCAAUCAAGGCUUACGCGACAGAGGCAUGCCGAAAAGAAUACAGUCAUUUGGGGUUAGCAAUUGUUUCUUCCUCACGUGGCAUAGGCCUCGUUGUUGGACCAGCUAUUGGUGGUUAUCUUGCACAGCCAGCAGAUAAAUAUCCAGGCAUAUUCUCUAAGAAGUCCAUAUUUGGGAGGUUUCCAUAUUUUCUACCCAGCCUAUCCGUAUCAAUCCUUGCAUUUGUCGCUCUAUUUUCCUGCUUUUGGCUUCAGGAAACUCUGCAUAAACACACCGGAGAUGUUACCAACAAUUCAAUUGAAACUGUAGAAGAUCCUCUUGCUAGUACAGAUGCUCAAGAAAAGAGCCAGGGUGGAAGUGGUGCGUUUCUACAAUUAUUCAAAAAUUGGCCGCUGAUGUCAGCUAUAAUUUUAUAUUCUAUAUUCUCUCUCCAAGAUGUGGCUUACGCAGAGGUAUUUUCUCUCUGGGCUAUCAGUGACAGGAGAUAUGGUGGAUUAAGCUUUUCCACUACAGAUGUGGGCAACGUUCUUGCAAUUUCAGGUCUCUUCCUCAUGUUAUAUCAACUUUUUAUCUAUCCAUCAGUUGCAAAAUUUGUAGCACCUAUCACAUUAGUUCGCAUAACAGCAAUAUUGACUGUACCGCUUCUUUCUAGCUAUGCGAUCAUGCCAGCAGUACUAUCAGGAUUCCCUCUACAUUUGGUAGUAAAUUGCGCAUCUUUUCUGAAGAAUGCUUUCUCAGUAAGUUCCAUUACCGUGUUCAAUGUCUUAAUUAAUGAUGCUGUGACUCAAGAUGUAAGGGGUCAAGCUAAUGGUAUUGCUGUAACAAUAAUGUCCAUCUCUAAAGCUAUCGCACCAGCUGUUGCAGGAAUCAUAUUUUCAUGGGCUCAAAAGCGUCAAAAAGCUUCAUUUCUUCCAGGCGACCACUUGGUGUUCUUUAUGCUAAAUGUGGUCACUGUCAUUGGCAUUGUGUUCACCUUCAGGCCGUUCUUUGUCCGAAGCAUCAUAAAUCAUUGAGAGAAUGAACAUAGGGCUUCAAUCAGCCUGCUCAGCCCACUGGAAGGUGCACCCUAAUGGCAUUGUGCAGCGACUAUAAUUAAUAGGCAAAGAAUUGUGUGGAUGGGAGUGACAAACCUAGGUUAGUUUUUUAAAGAAAAAUUAGGCUACUGGGAAUAGAGUCAAUACUCUGCGCAAUAUUAU